UCUAAUCAAAGAGCAAAGAUGCAGAGCACUUCAAAUUACCUCUGGCUGUUAUCUGACAUUCUAGGGCAGGGAGCUACUGCAAAUGUUUUCCGGGGACGACAUAAGAAAACUGGGGAUUUAUAUGCUGUCAAAGUAUUUAACAGUAUAAGUUUCCUUCGUCCUGUGGAUGUUCAGAUGCGAGAGUUUGAAGUAUUGAAGAAACUAAAUCAUAAGAACAUUGUCAAAUUGUUUGCCAUCGAAGAAGAGACAACGACUAGACACAAAGUACUAGUUAUGGAAUUUUGUCCAUGUGGGAGUUUAUAUACAGUUUUAGAGGAACCGUCUAAUGCCUUUGGUUUGCCAGAGUCUGAGUUCUUAAUUGUUUUGAGAGAUGUGGUGGCUGGGAUGAAUCAUCUCCGGGAGAAUGGAAUAGUUCACCGUGACAUCAAACCAGGCAAUAUAAUGCGUGUUAUAGGUGAAGAUGGUCAGUCUGUUUACAAACUUACAGACUUUGGUGCUGCAAGAGAACUUGAAGAUGAUGAACAAUUUGUUUCUCUCUAUGGCACAGAAGAGUAUUUACAUCCCGAUAUGUAUGAGCGAGCAGUUUUGAGGAAAGAGCAUCAGAAAAAGUACGGAGCAACAGUUGAUCUGUGGAGCAUAGGGGUGACCUUUUACCAUGCUGCGACAGGGAGUUUGCCUUUCCGACCUUUUGAAGGACCUCGUAGAAACAAGGAAGUGAUGUAG